CAGUUUAUUAUGGAAGAGGCUUCCAAGAGCAGCAACAGCAGUACAGGAAGCUCGCCGAUAUCCGCAGUCUCUUCAGUGUUCCAAGCAGCUCACAUCUGUCACGUUCCUCAACAGGUUAUCCAGCCUCUGAUAUUUCAGUUGCACUAAAGCCCACCCUUGAAGACUCACUUACUUGCCAAUUUCUCAAGAUAUCACCUCUGGCGAGAAAACAUUAAACAAGAUGUCGUUACGAGGCACAACGCCAAUUAACAUUGUGAUUCCUGGGGAACAAAUUCAAGUUCAGGGUGUAAUCCAGACUGCACAGUCAUCCACCGUUAUUCACUCUCCUCAGGUUUCUGCAGCCCAGGCUUCAUCACUCUCAGAAAGCGAGGACUCUCAAGAUUCCUGUGACAGCAUUGAAACUCCUCAUAAGGGACAUGGCAUUUUGUCUCGUAGGCCAUCCUACAGGAAAAUCUUUAAUGAUCUGUCUUCGGAAGAUGCUGGGGAUAGAAAACGAAAUGAAGACAGCCCUGGUGUUUCUGCUGUUAUACCUAUGUCAUCUGGUACAACUAUAUACCAGACAAGCUCAGGACAGUAUGUUACCAUUGCUCCAAAUGGAACACUUCAGUUUGCCACUACAAGUGGAGAUGGUGUGCACAGUUUGCAGGCAUUGUCAAUGGCAAAUGCUGGUAACGCUCAGUCAGGUACUGCAAUACUACAGUAUGCCCAAACUUCAGAUGGCCAGCAGAUCCUUGUGCCUAGCAAUCAAGUGGUUGUACAGACUGCCUCAGGAGAUAUGCAAGCCUACCAGAUUCGUACCACCUCAACCACUACUUCCCUUCCACAGACUGUGGUUAUGACCUCACCGGUUGCAUUGUCCAGCCCAGCAACUAAAACAGAUGACCCACAGCUGAAGCGUGAGAUUCGGCUACUGAAAAAUAGAGAGGCAGCCAGAGAAUGCCGCAGAAAGAAGAAAGAGUAUGUUAAGUGCUUGGAAAACAGAGUUGCAGUCCUCGAAAACCAAAACAAAACCUUAAUUGAAGAGCUAAAGACUUUAAAAGAUUUGUACUGUCAUAAAACAGUUUAAGGUGGAAUUUUUGCAAGCUCGGUCCCUUUUAGAGCAAGAGUUUCUUGUUUUAUUUUCCUUUUUUUAACCAAAUUUUCUAAGAUUAAAGUGAGAGGUUAUAGAUGAAUCUU